AUGUCUCGUAGUGAUAGGAAAGAUCCAGCUUCUUUACACAAUCCUUACUUCAAUCUAAAGCCAGGACAGAAGGAUAUCUGGACAUUGAUCAAUGAGACAGCUGCAAAAGCGCAAGCUGAUGACCCAAAUACCAAGAUUGUCAACUUGGGUCAAGGAUUUUUCUCAUAUAACCCUCCAGAAUUUGCAAUUCAAGCAGUCGACGAAGCGUUGCACCAAACACAAUUUAACCAGUACGCGCCAGCAAGAGGUAAUAUUAAUUUAUUAAAACAAAUUGCCAACCAUUAUUCCAAGAGCUAUGGUCGCGAAGUUCCUAUUGAAGAAGUCCAAAUCACCACGGGUGCAAACGAAGGAAUGUUUUCUGUCUUUUUUGGCUUUUUGACUCCCGGCGAUGAGGUCAUCGUAUUUGAACCCUUUUUUGAUCAGUAUAUACCGAAUAUUGAAAUGACCGGUGCAAAAGUCAAAUAUGUCAAAAUCAGGUAUCCUGAAAAGUUGAAUACUGAAACAGUAAAUGGCGAAGACUGGGAAAUUGACUGGGAAUCGUUGGAGCUGAGUAUAAGUGAUAAAGUUAAAAUGGUUGUUAUCAAUACUCCCCACAACCCAAUUGGGAAAAUAUUUAAUAAACAAGAGUUGCAUAGACUAGGCGAAUUGGUGAUUAAGCAUAACUUAAUUCUCGUUAGUGAUGAAGUUUAUGAAAAUUUAUUUUAUACAAGCGAGUUCCCUAGACCUGCAACUUUGGAAAGCUUACCGGAAUUGCGUGAACGCACAUUAACCGUUGGCUCAGCUGGUAAGUCUUUUGCUGCAACUGGUUGGAGAGUGGGAUACAUCCAAGGACCAGCAUCUUUGAUCAAGUACGUGACUGCAGCGCAUACCAGAAUAUGCUUCUCAACGCCAGCACCGUUACAGCAAGCAGUUGCUCAAGCAUUUCCCCAAGCAGACAAGUUGAACUAUUUUGAAAAUACCAGGAAGGACUAUGCGAGGAAGUAUGAGCUUUUUGUCAAAGUAUUUGAUGAUUUGGGAUUACCUUACACUAUUGCGGAUGGUGGCUACUUUUUGUUAGUCAACUUGUCCAAAGUGAAAAUGCCAAAUGAUUAUGAGUUUCCCGAAGAUAUUUUAAGUAGAGGCACUUUAGAUUUUAAAUUAGCUUAUUGGUUGAUCAAAGAGAUUGGAGUUGUUGGAAUUCCACCAACCGAGUUUGUAAUUGAGAAAAAUCGAGUUGGUAAUGGAUUGGAAAACUGCAUCAGAUUUGCAGUUUGUAAAGAUGAUACUAUAUUGGAGGAAGCCGUAAAAAAGUUGGCCAUGUUGAAAGAUUAUUUAUAG